UAACUUUCACUUUGAUCGGCCGGUAUGUAAUUUGAUAAAGUUGAGGCUAUCUACAGCUGACAAUUAUAGCGUAAUAUCACCAUAACAGUGAUAGACCACUAUUAUAGCGGAAUUUACGUUUCUCCCCAACCUGCCAAGAUAUUCAUUAAUCAUGUUCCACUCGCAGUUCCAUAGUUGAUGAGGGUUAAACGAAACGAAAGUAACUGGCUGUGGGCGUGUGGCUUUUGGGGACGAGAAAUAUAAAUGGCGGAGUACCAAACAAGACCCCCUGGUGCUAAUCCUGUGGGUGACACAUUCCGUUGUCCGAUAUGUCUAGAAGAGGUGAGAAAUCCAAAGUACUUGUCAUGUUUCCAUACGUUUUGUGAGACUUGCAUUCAAACGUACAUUUCAAGUACGGCGGCACGUAAGGAUAACGAAACUCUGAAAACCAUCGAAUGUCCCGUGUGCAGAAAACGUAUCGAAGCUCCAAAUAAUGACAUUACAAGCGAGGAGUGGGCGCUUGCUUUGCCACCAAAUAAACUGAUUGCAAGCAUGUCGGUAGAUCCUAAGAAAGAGGAACAUAAAUUCUGCAUGUUUUGCAAACGGAAUAACAAAAGCGUUACUGCGGAGCAUUGGUGUAAAUCAUGCAUGGAAUCGAUCUGCGACGAUUGUAAAUGUUUUCAUUCUUGUGUUCCCAGUCUUCGGGACCAUAAAAUCAUAAGCCUGUCUGAUGCCUUGGGGUUGAAGAAUGAUAUAGAAGUUGACGAGCCUUGUUCCGUACACAAAGGGAAACUUCUUGAGGUAUACUGCACGGAUCACGACAAACUUUGCUGCAGCAUCUGUUUUGCCACCAAACAUAGAAAGUGUGAACAAGUACAGGCGAUUGAAGAUGUAGCAGCAGAGAUGGAUGAAGACAGAGUUCAACAUAAACUGACAUUGUUUAAUGAUCUGCUGGAAAGUCUUGAGAAUUUGCAGGAGGAAUACAGCGAUAAAGUAACCACACUAAACAGCAGAAAACAGGAAAUCGUUUCAAGCGCUGAAAAGAAAGUUGAAGAAAUAAAAUCGCAGAUAGACAAGGCACAUGCGCAGUGGUUAAAGAUAUUUGAACAGAAACACAGAGAAUUUGUUGGAAACAUUGAGGUUGCUUCUGACGAAAUAAAACGGCUCGCGACUACAGUACGAGAUGCAAAAACCCUGCUACAAACGGUGCAAGAAAAUGGAUCUACCAAACAGAUUUUCGUCACUAAUCACAAAUUGGGGGUUCAGGUUUUGGAGCAUCUUGAUCGGUUACGGGCUUUGAAUAUCUGGGACUUUGUCCAGGAUUACAAUCAUCAGAACACAGAUUUCCUUCUUCAGAUCUGUAACGAUGGAUCGUUUCAGAAUGUCAGUUGUUCUGAAAUGCGAUCUACAGCCUUACAGAAAAUUUCAACAUUUGUCUCAUUAAUGUCAGACAAAACGGACAUUGCACGCAGGAGAAAAGUGAUGUGCCGUAAAGACUGGAUGAAAGUUAACUUUGAAAAAAUAUCAGAAAUGAAUCUGUCCACAAGAGUUUAUUAUGGCUUAUUUGUAAGUGAUACAAAAGUGAUUAUGUCAAUAGAGAACCCUCGGUCACUAAAGGUUUAUGAUGUCUCUGAUGCUGUCGGCGAGUGUGUCCACACUCAUUCUUGUCAGGCCACUCCGUACGGUCUCUGUCAAUCAGGGGACUGCAUGGAUAUAGUCUACGUCUCUUUUAGAGACCAUGUUGAUUAUUACCACAUCAAAGUCGCAGGAAGUGUAACGUUUAUCAAACUUGGUACCUUUCAACUGAAGGAACCGAUGUUGGCCAUUUCUUAUGGAACAGCAACAGUCUCCUCCGCUAAUGACUCCAAGAGAAUGAUUUGUUCAUCUGACUUUUCCGACAUCAAUCACAGUUCAUCAUUCUCCAAACAUGGAGCCGCGGCAGCAUUUGUAUCAACUUCACGAUCAGAUCGACAUUGUUUCGUAAGAGAAUCAGAACUAGUCGUUGUAGACCAAAACAACACGGAGAUUUUUCAGAGUUCUGUCACUGGUGGUUCUCGGCGAGGAUUAACUUUUGACUUACAAGAUAAUAUUUUGAUUUGCUUGAUGAAUUCCAAAAUAAAGCAAAUAAGAAAUGGAGGGACCGAGAGUAGGGACAUUAAUUUGCCUGGUAUUCAGAAGUCCUACAACGUUGUACUUCAUCCUACAGGGGAGAAGAUGUUGGUACUAGACUUCAACAGUAAAUGUUGUGUUUACAAAGUAUCAUAAAAUUAUUUCUCGUGUGAUCCAAAACUUCAUGCUUCCAGUUUUUAACUUUUUUGUGGGUUUUUUUCCUUCAAAAUUUGGCAAAACAAAAAAAAGAGGGGGGGGGGACUUUGCCUUGUGAAUGGAAGACUAGUUGCAAGAGUAUAAUGCGUGUUUUGUUCAGUAGUUUGUCUCCAAUAUUUAGUUAUUACAGAGAAGAAAAUUACA